AAGAAGGGGAGAGGGAAGGAGAGAGAGAGUGAUUCCAGGUCUCUCUCCGCUGCUCUCUCCACUUUGGGUACUCGUACCCAAUCUGACUCAAUGGGGUUUUAGCACUAAGGAGUUAAACGCUCAAAUUAAAUAUAUUUAUUAACCCCAUACCCCCUUUUUAGUGUGUAGGGUUUAUAUAUUAACACAUAUUUCUGGUAACCCAUCAAGGAAAGUCUCCUGGAGAGAGGUGAAGACGUCUCCAGAGGCGUGACUUUUUGUCUGCUGCCUCAUAGAAGGUUCRGUCGGGCUCCCCUCCACGGCUGGCUUUCUGUGACAGGAUAACACCACCCAGAUCCUCCAGUUACUGCUCCACAAGGCCGGCAAAAACUACUGCAAAACUAUGGAUAUUCGAGAUUGUCCCUUCCGGAAGAAACGGAGACCUUGGCGCAUGGAUUUCUCUUCCUUUGUGCUGGUUUCCGUGGCGCUCGUCUUGUGCCAAACGACUUCGGCUCGUGCAGAUCCAGUGGAUGUGCUGCGAGCUCUGCAAGUUCCCUCUCUCCCUGAAGGUGUGAAGAAAGUCCCAGGCUUUUGCACGUCCCGUCGUUCCGGCAGCCCUGAUCAUGCUUACCGUAUCACCAAGAAGGCCCAGAUCUCUGCCCCCACCAAGCAGCUCUUCUCAGGUCGUUUCCCAGAGAACUUCUCCAUCAUGACCCUGAUCAAGCCCCAGGCUGGUCUCCAAGCCUUCCUCCUCUCCAUCUACAGCGAGCAGGGCAUCCAGCAACUGGGCCUUGAACUGGGUCGCUCGCCUGUUUUUCUGUACGAGGACCAGAACGGCAAGCCAGCUCCUGAGGACUACCCACUWUUCAAAGGCAUCAACCUGGCUGAUGGCAAGUGGCAUCGCAUCGCUUUCUCCGUUUCCAAGAAAAAUGUGACCCUGCUGCUGGACUGCAAGAAGAAGAUGACCCGUCCUCUGCCCCGAGGCAAUAACGCUGUGGUUGACACCAACGGCAUUACAGUGUUUGGAGCUCGUCUGCUUGAUGAGGAGGUUUUCCAGGGAGACAUCCAGCAGCUGUUAAUUGCCUCCAACCCUCAGGCUGCCUACGACUUCUGUGAACAUUACAGCCCUGACUGUGACUCCCCUCUGCCCAAGACCCAGGCUCAGGACCCCAACACAUACAAGAAGGUACUUAAUGGAAAAGCAGCUCCUACUAAAUCCACUCUUAUCAAAGCUAAACCCACUCCUGCUAAAUCAGCCAAGACUGGACCAUACAAACUGGUUGUCAAGCCACCCAUGCCCACCAAGRCUCUCAAGUCUGCAGCCAAGCCAUCCAAAGCAAAACCCACUGCAGCAGAAAUCCUUUUGUCUAAGAUCAAACCAACAGCAGCGGCAAAAUCCAAACCCACAACUGCUCCAGCUAAGAAUGGCAAGAAACCGAAUGGUGCAGCUAACAACAAUGGCAAGACUGUACCUGAAAAGAAAGUUAAUGGAAAUGGAAAAUCCUCAGCAGAGAAGAAAGCCAAUGGAAAUGGCAAAGCCACUGUUGAGUCCAAGGUGAAUGGAAAUGGCAGUGGUAAAACUACAACAGAGAAAAAAGCCAAUGGAAAUGGCAAAACUACCACUGAAGUUAAUAUCAAAACUGAGAAUAAAGUCAAUGGUGCAGCUAAAGCAAAUGGCAAUAAAGAGGCUGGAAAUAAAGUMAAAACUAAAACCACUACAAAGAAUGCGGAUAGUGCGACUAAGUCUCCUGUAGGAGUUAAUAAAGCACCUAAAUCCACCAAGUCAUCAAAACCAGAACCUACAAAAAUUACAAAAGCUGCUGCCACCAAAGCUCCGGUAGCAAAAGCCCAUGGGAAAGCCGAGUUCAAAGAGAUGACUACAACUAAAACUGUGGUCAAGAAAAUUCCUCUGGCCAAACCAACAACCAAAAAGGUUCCCCCUCCAACAAAAGUAGCUCCGACACAUGUCCCCGUCCAGCCCACUCCGCCCAGGUCCACAAAACCCAAAGUACCAGACACAAAUGUUAAAUCCAAACACAAACCUUUCCCACCAUUUGGCAAGACUCAACUCAGUGGAACUGCAGUCCCAGCUAAGAGGACCAACGGUUUUCAACAGGAUGUAGACACUGAAAAUUCUGAGGCUGGCCACACCCCUACAGAGACCGAUUAUUACUAUGAGGAGAUGGUCCCACAGCCAGAUGGUGAGGUGAUUGGACAAGAAGAGGUACCUGUGCAGCCCCAAGUGGAACCAGCCUUGGCAGGGGAGGAGGUAGAUGCCACCAAAGCAGGCGGUGUGCACGAAGAAGUCUUCACUGAGGAGUAUGUGACUGGAGACAUGGGCCUUAAGGAGUACGACUAUGCCUACAAGGACUACAGUGACCCCUUACCAGAGACCGGGGAGAUCGAUGCCUACAUGGGGCCCGCCUUGUCCGCUGUGACGGACGAGGGAGGCGCCACUGUUAGCGGUCAGAAAGGAGAAAAAGGAGAACCUGCUGUUUUAGAGCCUGGAAUGCUGAUCGAAGGUCCUCCAGGGCCUGAAGGACCUUCUGGGCCUUCCGGACCUCCUGGCUCUUCAGGACCUCCAGGUUCUGUUGGUGACCCUGGAGAGAGGGGUCCUCCUGGUAGAGCUGGUCUUCCUGGGGCUGAUGGAGUUCCUGGACCUCCUGGAACCUCAGUCAUGCUGCCCUUCCGUUUUGGUCAGAGUGGAGGCGAUAAGGGUCCUGUUGUUUCUGCWCAGGAAGCUCAGGCAGCAGCCAUCUUGUCUCAGGCUAGGAUGGCUCUGAAAGGACCUCCUGGACCAAUGGGAUUUACUGGACGCCCUGGACCCAUGGGAGGUCCAGGAAGUUCUGGUUUAAAGGGAGAAAGUGGAGACCCUGGUCCUCAGGGCCCCAGAGGACAACAGGGUGUGAUGGGUCCUCCAGGAAAAUCAGGAAGAAGAGGUCGUGCUGGUGCUGACGGUGCCAGAGGAAUGCCAGGAGAGACUGGAGCCAAGGGUGAUCGAGGCUUUGAUGGUCUUCCUGGUCUACCUGGAGACAAAGGACACAGAGGUGACACUGGACCACUGGGCCCACCAGGAUCUCAAGGAGAAGACGGAGAAAGGGGAGACGAUGGAGACGUUGGACCCAGRGGUCUUCCAGGUGAACCCGGACCACGAGGUUUGCUUGGGCCUAAAGGUCCUCCUGGGAUUUCUGGACCUCCUGGUGUACGAGGAAAUGAUGGACCUCAUGGUCCCAAAGGAAACUUGGGUCCCCAAGGUGAGCCAGGACCUCCUGGUCAGCAGGGAACCCCAGGAACUCAGGGAAUGCCAGGACCUCAGGGGGCUGCAGGACCCCCAGGAGAGAAAGGUCCUACUGGAAAACCAGGUUUGCCAGGGAUGCCUGGAGCUGAUGGUCCUCCUGGUCACCCAGGAAARGAGGGACCUUCUGGCACAAAAGGAAACCAGGGUCCUAAUGGUCCUCAGGGAGCUAUUGGUUAUCCUGGCCCUCGUGGCAUCAAGGGAGCUCAAGGAAUCCGUGGUCUGAAAGGUCACAAAGGAGAGAAGGGAGAAGAUGGUUUCCCAGGAAUUAAGGGAGAUUUUGGCGUCAAGGGAGAAAGGGGUGAGAUUGGAGUUCCAGGGCCCAGAGGAGAGGAUGGUCCAGAAGGGCCAAAGGGUCGAGUUGGACCCCCUGGUGAGCUUGGACCACUUGGACUUGCUGGGGAGAAGGGUAAACUUGGUGUUCCUGGACUUCCUGGAUAUCCUGGAAGACAAGGACCCAAGGGAUCKCUGGGAUUCCCUGGAUUCCCUGGUUCUAAUGGAGAGAAGGGAACAAGGGGCGUUUCUGGAAAACAAGGACCAAGAGGACAAAGAGGACCAACGGGCCCCAGAGGACAGAGGGGACCAAGAGGAGCAACUGGGAAACCAGGAGCAAAGGGAACAUCAGGAAGUGAUGGCCCUCCAGGUCCUCUUGGAGAGAGGGGAUUACCAGGACCUCAGGGAGCCAAUGGUUUCCCUGGACCAAAGGGACCUCCUGGACCACCAGGAAAGGAUGGACUGCCUGGACAUCCUGGACAGAGAGGAGAAGUUGGUUUCCAAGGUAAAAUGGGUCCACCUGGGCCUCCUGGAGUUGUUGGACCACAGGGUCCAUCAGGAGAAACAGGUCCUAUGGGCGAGCGUGGCCACCCCGGACCCCCUGGUCCACCAGGAGAGCAGGGACUUCCUGGUCCCUCRGGGAAAGAGGGCACAAAGGGAGAUCCCGGACCUACAGGAGGCCCUGGGAAAGAUGGCCCCCCUGGUCUGAGAGGGUUCCCUGGAGAGAGAGGACUUCCUGGAACCCCUGGUGGUGGAGGACUGAAGGGAAGUGAAGGACCUGCUGGACCUCCUGGACCUGCUGGUUCUCCUGGUGAGAGGGGAACUGCAGGAACUGCUGGACCUGUGGGUCCUCCUGGUAGACCAGGUCCUCAGGGUCCACCUGGACCGGCUGGAGAGAAGGGAGUUCCUGGUGAAAAAGGCCCCAUUGGUCCAGCCGGUCGAGAUGGGGUUCARGGUCCAGUGGGUCUGCCUGGCCCUGCUGGAACACCUGGAGGACCUGGAGAGGAUGGAGAUAAGGGUGAAGUUGGAGAACACGGUCAGAAAGGCGCCAAAGGAGGAAAAGGAGAACAUGGUCCUCCUGGUCCACCUGGUCCAAUGGGUCCUGUUGGUCAGCCUGGUCCUGCUGGAGCUGACGGGGAGCUUGGACCGAGGGGGCAGCAGGGGCCUUUUGGAGCCAAAGGUGAUGAAGGAACUCGAGGAUUCCCAGGUGCUCCAGGACCCAUCGGACUUCAGGGUCUGCCGGGACCUUCAGGUGAGAAAGGAGAGACAGGAGAUGUUGGACCAAUGGGUCCUCCAGGCCCUCCAGGACCCCGUGGUCCUGCUGGACCCAAYGGAGCUGACGGUCCACAAGGUGGUCCUGGUGGUAUAGGUAAUCCUGGACCGAUUGGAGAAAAGGGAGAACCUGGUGAAGCUGGACCACCUGGCAUCGGAGGAGAACCUGGAAAGAAGGGUCCUCGAGGAGAGCGUGGAGAGAAGGGAGAGGCGGGACAACCUGGAACUGCUGGGACUGCAGGAGGACGAGGACGACCUGGAGACGACGGACCCAAAGGAAACCCUGGUCCUGUUGGGUUCCCUGGAGAUCCUGGUCCUGCUGGUGAGGUCGGACCCAGAGGUCAAGAUGGAGCAAAGGGAGAGAGAGGAGAGGAUGGUGAACCAGGAGAGUCUGGCUCCCCAGGACCUCCUGGAGAGAACGGCCCACCUGGCCCACCAGGAAAGCGAGGUCCUGCUGGAACAAGAGGACCAGAGGGACGACAAGGAGAGAAGGGAACCAAAGGAGAUCCAGGUGCACUCGGGCCCCCAGGAAAGACCGGCCCCGUUGGUCCACAGGGUCAACCAGGAAAACCAGGAACAGAAGGUCUCAGAGGACUCCCAGGAUCAGUGGGGGAGCAAGGAGCUCCAGGACCUGCUGGACAAAAAGGACCACCUGGACCUAUGGGACCUCCUGGUUUGGCCGGUCUGCGUGGAGAACCUGGUGCAAAGGGUGAGAAGGGACACCAAGGUCUUCUCGGUCUGAUUGGACCUGCAGGAGAACAGGGAGAAAAGGGAGACCGGGGUCUGCCUGGGCCUCAUGGAUCCACCGGACCUAAGGGAGAGCCUGGAAUGGUGGGAGGAACCGGACCCAUCGGGCCUGCUGGUCCUCCAGGUCUUCCUGGUCCUCAAGGUAUUAAAGGUGCAAAGGGUGCGACUGGAGGAACUGGUCCAAAGGGAGAAAAGGGUACACAAGGACCUGCUGGACCUCCGGGCCCACCAGGUGAGGUCAUUCAGCCUCUGCCCAUCCAGAGGAGUCCSAAGUCCAAACGCUCCAUCGACGCCAGCCAGCUCCUCCCCGAGUUUGACCCCGACACGCCCGCCUCCGACACCGCCGGCGCCGAGUUCCUGACGGGCGGCGAAGGCAUGGAGGAGAUCUUCGGCUCUCUGAACUCGCUGCGACAGGAGAUCGAGACCAUGCGCUUCCCCCUGGGCACUCAGGACAGCCCCGCCCGCACCUGCCAGGACCUGCACCUGAGCCAGCCGGACCUUAAAGACGGAGAGUACUGGAUCGACCCGAACCAGGGCUGCUCCAGAGACUCCUUCAARGUCCUCUGUAACUUCACUAACGGAGAGACGUGUCUGUACCCCAGAAGAGGCAUCRACACGGUAAAGAUGAGCUCCUGGGACUCAGAGACUCCAGGAUCGUGGUUCAGUGAGUUCUCCUCUGGUAGUAAGUUCUCCUACGUGGACUCUAACGGUGAUCCUGUGGGCGUGGUCCAGCUGGGCUUCCUGCGCCUGCUGAGCGUCCAGGCCCGGCAGAACCUCACCUACCACUGCCACCGCUCGGUGGCCUGGGCCGACCGCAGCGCCAAGAACAAUCACGAGAGGGCGCUGCACUUCCGAGCCGCUAACGACGAGGAGCUGAGCUACGAGACCAACCCUUACAUCAAGGCUUUGACGGACGGCUGCUCUUACCGUAAAGGCUUCGACAGGACGGUGCUGGAGAUCAACUCGCCACAGGUGGAGCAUCUGCCUCUGCUGGACAUCAAGGUGUCAGACUUUGGGGAGAGCAACCAGCAGUUUGGGUUUGAAGUGGGACCUGUGUGUUUCCAGGGCUAAACACACACACACACACACACACACACACCAUCCAGAGAACACACACACCUAGAGACACACAUGAUAAACAUACAGGCUCAGUAAUUUGUAAAUUAACUUGUAAAUGAUGACACACACACAUACCAACACUGUGGGAAAGCAACAUCCUCCCAACAACUGCUGGACCUAAAGGUCAAGAGGAGAAAAAUGUAAAAACUUGUGAGGAGAACAUCGACUGGGAGCAACAAGGAGGAAACAGAAGAACUUUUUUUUAUUUUAGAAUAAAAUGAUGAUUUCAGGAGCAGGGACCCAGGCCCGGGUUUAAACCUGAAGACCCUCAUCUCCAACCCCCCCAUCUCCUCCGCUGACACCUUUCUCCACUCCUGCUCCCCCYCGUCUUAAAAUAAGAGUCACUCUGAACCUGUGAGCAACAUGAAGAACACUCCGGUUAUAAAUCUGUUCAGUUAUUUAUUUUGGCUCUUUGAUCAGAUCUGAAACUAAUUUUUCAUUCACCAAAUUUAAAUUAAAUCUUACAYGUCCACCGACCUGUCAAUCAUGUUGCUUACAUCACUUCAUGUCACAACAAAAUAAAUAAAAUACCACCAGUUUCCACCAGAACACAGAGGGAACGGACCACCUGACACCUGCAGGGUCUCUCAUCUAAUUAAUCUUUAAUAAAGUUCUUUUUUUUUCUGACUGUUUACUGUGAUUUAAACUCAAACUGAUAAUUAAAACGUUCGUGGUGCUUUUUAAACUCUCAACUCUGAAAGCUGCAAAAACUUUGGGAUUGUUUAUUUGUUAGAGUCAACAAAAGAUAAAGAUUAUUUUUCUUUUAAAUUAUAAUGAAAAACCUGAGUGGCCUCGAGACACCACUGCAGUAUUUACUGAAACUCCUUUUUUUUUUUUUUAAUAAAACAGACUUUACUGAAUGAAACUGUGUGGUAAGGUGCUAAUUAUAUAUAAAAAAUCUCCAUUUGUUUUUUAGUCUCUUUACAAUUUCACAAAGCUUUUUACUAGGGAAAUGUGCAUUACAAUACAUUUGUACAGAAAUAGUAAUAUUCUAUUGUAUUUAUUURAAACAAAGGGUGCUUUGAGAUUAAAAUAAGAACUUAGGUUUAUUUCCAGCCGACUCUGCGUUUUUAUUUGAUUGAAAUGUUGAAAGUGGCGGUCGGCUCCAGCUGUGAGGCUUCUGUUCACACCCUGACUUUUUGUACAACCAAAGAAUCUGUGGCCGUGUUUUCCUGUAAUAAUCCCUUGUUGUAGUUGUUUCCAUCAGCUGGAACUGUGCUGUUUAAAUUUCCACUGUAAUGAUUAAAUGGAGACUCUCCAGUUCCGUCA